AUGGCGGCGGCGGCGGCGGCGGUGCUGGGCGCCGCGGUGGGGGCCGCCGGGGGGGCGGGGCCGGCCCGCUCUCUGUCCCGGUUCCGGGGCUGCCUGGCCGGGGCCCUGCUCGGGGACUGUAUAGGCGCCAUCUACGAGGCGCAGGACAACGUCAGCCUGACGUCACUGCUGCGGAAGGUGGGCAGCCUGGAGCCCGAGGCCGGCGCGCGCGGGAGCGCGCGGACAGAGGCGCUGUACUACACGGACGACACGGCCAUGGCCAAGGCGCUGGUGCAGUCUCUGCUGGCCAAGGAAGCCUUCGACGAGGUGGACAUGGCCAAGAGGUUUGCCGAGGAAUAUCAGAAGGAUCCGGAUCGGGGUUACGGGGCCGCCGUGGUCACCGUGUUCAAGAAGCUUCUGAGCUCCAAAUGCAGAGACGUCUUUGAGCCGGCCCGGGCCCAGUUCAACGGGAAGGGUUCCUAUGGCAACGGGGGGGCCAUGCGGGUGGCGGGCAUCUCCUUGGCCUACACCGACACGGAGGACAUCCAGAAGUUUGCCCGGCUGUCGGCCCAGCUGACGCAUUCCUCCUCGCUGGGCUACAACGGGGCCAUCCUGCAGGCCCUGGCCGUGAGCCUGGCCCUGCAGGGGGACCAGCCCCGGGAGCUGUUCCUGCGCCAGCUCAUCCGUCACAUGGAAGAGGUGGAGAGCGAUGAGCGGUCCGUGGCAGACGCCAGGGCGCUGGGCAUGGAGGAGUUCCCGUAUUUGAGCCGGCUGAAGAAAAUCAGCGAGUUCCUGGAGCAGAACACAGUGACCAAGGAGGACGUGGUGUCCGAGCUGGGGAACGGCAUCGCGGCCCUGGAGUCGGUCCCCACGGCCAUCUACUCCUUCCUGCGCUGCAUGGAGCCCGACCCCGAGAUCCCCGCCGCCUACAACGCCCUGCAGAGGACGCUCAUUUACUCCAUCUCGCUGGGCGGGGACACGGACACCAUCGCCACCAUGGCCGGGGCCAUCGCCGGCGCCUACUACGGGAUGGAGCAGGUGACGGAGAGCUGGCAGCACAGCUGCGAGGGCUUCCAGGAGACGGACGUGCUGGCCUGCAGCCUGCACGGCCUCUUCUGCCGGCCGCCCUGAGGCCGGCCCCGCUCGCCAGCCGGCGCCGCUGCUUCCGUCGGCGGCGCCUCUCGAGGGGGGCAGGCCCGAGCCGGGCCGGGAACUCUCGGCCCUCCUCUCCCGCCCCACCAUCCGCCCUCCCUGUGGGUGGCCGCACCGGAAGACGAGCCGGAGGGAGAGGGGGACGGCUCUUUCCGUCGGCCCGUGCGAGAGGCCGGAGGAAGAUCGUGGCGGACCUAACCUCCCCCCCGACCCCCGCGCCCCGGACUAGCCGGGGCGUCCUUCAGCUAACGCGGGGACCCCGGAACUCACUCCUAGCAAACCCCGGCCAGAAAACGGGGGUGAGCGGAGCUGGGACGCAUUUGCAUUGGGGCAAAGAGUUGGAUUCGGUAGUAGUAAUAGCAUUUAUCAAGCACUCGCUGGGUACGUGGCCCUGGGGAAGUUCAGCGCAAGCAACUGAUUCAUUCUCUGCCCACAAGGAGCUGUUAAAGAAGCAAAGCCCUCCCGCUCUUUUCCUUUUUUCUUUAUUUUUACAGUUGGGUGGGAGAAGGGUGGGUGGUUCUUAAAAGAACAGUGGGAAAUUUGGCCUUCCCUUGGUCUCGGGAGAUCUACUCUCCCCAUGAAGUGGAACUCCGCUUCCCAUCCCUCUGAAAUUCCCCCAGCCCCAGUGCUCAGAGGAAGUCCCCGCCCAGCCCCGCUCCCGCUGUGGGCUCCGGGGGGGACUGGUGGCAUCACCAUGGUGGGGGGUAUCAACACCCGCACCGGGGGGAGGCCGUCUUAACCCGGCUUAUAAUACCCAGGUGGCAAAGCCCUGAAAUAAACAGCCGACUGCG